CGUUUGUUAGCAACGAGCUCGCUCAAGAGGGAUAGUGUAGAGGACACUCAAGGGGGAAGUGACGCACCUCAAGAUGUUCGGCUCUUCCACCUGGGGUCAGCAGAACAAUCAGCAGCAAAAUCAGCAGCCGCAACAGCAGCAGCAGCAGGGAGGAGGACUCUUUGGAGGUGGCACCGGAGGCUUUGGCCAGCCGCAACAGAACACAGGAUUUGGUCAGACGAGUACGUUUGGUCAGCCCCAGCAGCAGCAAAAUACUGGGGGUCUCUUCGGCUCUAGCUCAACCACCAACACUGGUUUUGGAGGCGGAGGUUUCGGGAGCACACAGCAGACUCAGAACAAUGCGUUCGGAGCUAGACCUGCGUUCGGAGCCACGGGCACGUCAACGUUUGGCGGGACAACGGGCACCUUUGGAUCUCAGCCACAGCAGACCGGUGGACUCUUCGGUGCUAGACCGGCAACGACCUCGACGUUUGGCAGCAGUACUGGUUCCAACAUGUUUGGAUCGGCGCCGAGCACCUCGACGUUUGGCGCAUCAUCCUCUGCCAAUCCUAAUUCCGUACAACCUUACUCUGCCGGUCCUUUCCCACCUCCACCACAAACCGGUACUUUGAACCCAGCCUAUUACCCCACAUGGAAUCAGGAGCCUUCCACGUCGUCCGUUAACACGCUACCGCCUCACUUGUUCAACAGUAUAUCCGCUCAGCCUGAUUAUCGAGGUGGAUCUUACGAAGAGUUGAGGUUCCUGGAUUAUCAGCAAAAUCGUAAACAUCCGACUGCUCAGGCUACGGGCGGUUUUGGUCAACCAGCCACCACCAGCACGUUCGGACAGCCCACUAAUACAUUUGGACAACCUGCAGCAUCCACAUCCACCUUCGGCCAACCAAAGCCUGGUGGACUAUUCGGAAGCACAACUGGUGGGACAGGUUUCGGACAAUCAACCGGAGGCUUUGGCAGCACGCCGCAGAGCGGAGGCCUUUUCGGCCAGCAAAAUCAGCAGAAUCAGCCAGCCACUGGAGGCCUAUUUGGCAGUCAACCGCAGCAGUCACAGCAGACUGGCGGGCUGUUCGGUCAGACUCAGCAAAACCAGCCGCAGACCGGAGGACUCUUUGGCGCACAGAAUAACACCAACACAGGUGGGGGACUAUUCGGUUCGACAAUACAGAAUAAUCAGACGAGCACAUUUGGUGGAUUCGGAGCCAAACCAGCUACCACAGGAUUUGGAUCCACGCCAGCUUUUGGACAGACUAACACAAACACUUUCGGACAGCAGCCCGCCACUACCGGCAAUACUGGAUUCAGUUUUGGAGCGCAACAGCAGCAGCCUCAACAAAACACGGGUGGAUUGUUUGGCUCGACCGCUAACAAUCAGCCCAGCGGCGGGCUGUUCGGCGCCAACACCCAGCAGCAGAAUCAGCAGCAACAACAAAGUGGUGGAUUGUUCGGGAGUACUGCUGCGAAGCCUGGAGGCUUGUUCGGGAAUCCCACAGGGAAUACAGGAACGACGAGCACCGGCUUUGGAGGAUUCGGUCAGACUCCUGCACCUGCGCAAACAUCUGGCGGACUGUUUGGCGCAACCAACACCAACACGAACACCACCGGAGGACUGUUCGGCCAGCAGCAACCCCAAACGCAGCAACCCGCCCAGACAUCCACCGGGGGCUUGUUUGGAAGCACGAACAACGCCUUUGGCGCUAAGCCUGCAGCGCCUACUACAUCGUUGUUCGGCAGUACCCAACCCGCUCAGCCAGCCCAAAGCAGUAGCUUGUUUGGCAGCACAGCCCAGCCUUCGACGACAUUUGGGGCCACAAACAACACCUUUGGCCAGCAGAAUCAAACGCAGCAGAAACCGUUCUCCUUUGGCAAUUCGUUUGGAUCUACCACCCAGCAGCCGACAGCUCAGCCCUCCACUGGUCUCUUUGGCAAUCUCGGACAAUCUCAGCCUGCACAGACCAAUACCUUUGGAACCUCGUCACUGUUCGGCUCGCAACCGCAGCCCGCUCAACCUUCCGGAGGACUCUUUGGCAGCUCACUUGGCCAAUCUACCACUCAGAAUCAGCCACAGCCUACACUGACCGCCUCGAUAGACCAGAACCCCUACGGGCGAAGUGACCUAUUCAAUUACACCGGUCAAAAGCUCGAGCUCACAGCCUCGACAAAGAAGCCCGCUCUCCCACCUCUCACCUCUUUCAACUUCCGUGUGACCCCUACCAAAUCGCAAUUGAAUAAAUUACGUGGCUUCUCCUCACCGUUAACUGCAUCGCAGAGUCCGAGUCGUGUGGCAUCGCCGCUUGCGAGCUCUUCGCCACGCGCGUCUUAUGUGAACUCGCCAAGCACCACAGACAGAUACAAGGGACUCACGGAUGCUGCACUUUCGCCCAACGCCUUUGUCCCUCGGCCAAGUAUCAAGAAAUUGACGGUGCAUCCGAAAUCGAGUCUAAUGAAUGGAGACGACCCGCUAGACUCUGUGCUGGGGAAAUCUGCCCUAAAAUCGUCCAACGGCACACCGUCGUCAUCUCGCGUCACCACAGCAGCAUCGCCCAAAGCUCCGACAUUCAACUCUCCCUCUACCAACGGGUCCGUCCGGCGACAAGCGGGCGACGUCACGGGCGGGUCAGAGCGACAGCCAAAGAAGGGAGAAUACUGGUGCAAACCGAGACUUGAGAAGCUCAGACAGCUGGGGACGGGCGAACUAAAAGCAUUGCACAAUUUCACUGUGGGCAGAAAGGGGUACGGGGAGGUGACCUUUCUGGAGGCCGUCGAUCUCAGCAGUAUUGAUCUGAAUGACCUUUUUGGCCGUGUGGUCUUGUUUAACGACAUGGAACUGGCUGUCUAUCCGGACGAUUACGAGGACAAACCACCACAAGGCAAGGGCUUGAAUCAACCUGCACAGAUCACUCUGGAGAACUGUUGGCCAAAGGACAAGUCGACCAAGCAACCCAUCACCGAUCUCUCCGAUCCCCGGCAUACUCGAUUCCUCAAACGCGUCAAGACCAUUCCCAACACCGAAUUCGUCAGCUACACCGAUGAUGGCAUGUGGACAUUCAAAGUGGAGCAUUUCAGUCGAUAUGGUAUCGACGAGGAUAGCGAAGACUCGGAUCAUGAUGGGCGGGAAGCCGAGGCAGAAUCGGAACAUUCACGAUCAAACGAGGCGUCGAUUUCUGGAGAAUCCCCCUCCGAGUCUGAUGACGACGACAGCGAUGACUUCAUACCUCCCACACGUGGCCUGCACGACGACGAGUCAUCACCAAGCGAGGAGACAGCAUCACAGACUGAAGCCAGCUCGAUCGAGGAUGACGCCAUUGAGCCUCCGCCAUCUGUGGCGGUCGACAAUCCCGCCAAGAGCAGACUUGGUUCCGAAGGCAUGCGGAAACUUAGAGAGAUGCAGGCUUCCCUGUUCGCCCCACAAAGACACGACACUCUCCUGGACAAGCAAGAGCAAGAAUACAUCAGAUACAAGAGGACUCAGGAUUUUGAGCCUGCCGAAGGGGAUAACGUGAUGCUUGACCGGGCAGUCAAGCGCACCUCUUUCGGCGCUCCACAACCCACCGCCCAACAACUCCGGACUCCUCGCAAAUUUCAACGUGUUAAGCUCCUCGAAGGCAUUGAUCAUGGCUCGGACGGCGUUCAAGUUGAUGCCGGACUCGCGCUCGGAAGGUCAUUCCGCGUGUCUUGGGGUCCGAAUGGAGAGCUCGCGCAUCUCGGCAAGAUUUGCGGUCCGAACGAGCAAUUCCACGCCUCGCCCGAACCUCUACUUACGAUUGAAACGGUACCCCUGCUGGCCGAACCGGAUACCCUCGAGUCCCGUGAAUCGAUCCGUUUACUCCAAGUCCAAUUGGAUAAGUCGCAGAUCGACAUCGACGACGGUGUCCCCGUUUCCACAUUCGAUUCAUCGACCCGCUUCCGAGACCUGGCUAGGCUGUUCGAUCGCGGCGACACCUCGCACGGCGCCUUGGUGUGGCGACUUGGCGUUGCCUUGUUUGACGAGAUUGAUCUGCAUCUUUCCGCCGACUGCAAGGAUGAUUUCGUGCAUCGAAUAUCUGAAAUCCGCCGUAAGCUCGCCCUGAGCAAGUGGCUGGAGGAUGCGGUGGCUCCCUCGGUUGAUCGUGAUCUCCUGACGGCUGACAAGGGGCCUGAAGAGGUGUUCACGUUGUUAUCUGGUCAUCAGCUCGAGCGCUCCGUUCAGUCAGCGCUGGACAACGGAGAUAUGCGGUUAGCGACGUUGAUAUCUCAAAUCGGCAGUUCGGACUCUUUUCGCGCGGAAAUUGAGCGACAGCUUGGUGAUUGGAGCAAGUACAAAGCUUCAGCGCUUAUAUCUGGUGCCUAUAGACGGCUAUACGCGCUUCUCGCUGGCACUGUCGAUGUACUCCCCGGGGACAAGUCUCGAGGCGUCGAUGGCUGUCCUGACGUACUCGUCUCGGAUAGAUUGGACUGGAAACGAGCUUUUGGUUUGCGUCUGUGGUACGGUAACCCUUUCGAAGACACCAUUGGGGAUGUCUUCCACGCAUAUCGGACUCAGCUUCACAGAGCUCAUCCACCGGCGAAACCUUUGCCACCGUAUCUUGAAACGACAACAGACUCUCGAUCCUGGAAGAUGGCCACCGAACCUGUCGACGUCCUCUUUGGCUUGAUUAAUCUGUUCGCUGAUGUCGGCGUCUCAUUGGAUCAAGUGCUGCGCUCGCGCGACUGCACGUCUUCUCCCUUUGAUGCUCGGAUCCAAUGGCACCUGUACAUGCUGCUGGCACAAGCGCUUAAGAAACGAGACUUUGAGGAUCGAGAUGGAGGUUACAGCGCCACCGCGGACACUAUCACUACGGCGUAUGCGACUCAGCUCGAGGGCUUAGGGCUAUGGACCUGGUCCGCAUUCAUUCUGCUACAUUUGGAGACCGCAGAGGGUCGCGUCGCGGCUAUUCAAGCGCUGCUACAUCGGCAUCCUGUGCCCACUCAAGCGGAACGCGCCUUUCUCAUCGAUAAGUUGUCCAUUCCGGCAGCAUGGAUCGCCCAGGCAGAGGCGGAUGAAUUAGCAUCUGAGGACGAGCCGUACGGCGAGUUCACGGCUUCGACAGAGGCGGAAGAUUACGAUAGGGCGCAUCGAGUUCUGUUGACUAAACUCGCGCCAGAGUUGAUUCUCUGCUCGGAUCACUUCUUGCUGCGUCGCCUGUGCACUCAGCUGGCGGAGCAGGAAGUUGCCGGAUGGGAAUACGGCGGCAAGCUUUUCUUGGACUAUGUGGACAUCUCGGAUGAGUUACCCACGCUACUUGCCAAUAUGCUCCGCUCAGCGCUUGAUGCGGACGGGUCGAUGGUGAAACGUGUCACACAUCUUGCGCAGGCCAUUCCGCGAGUCUUGUCGCUCGUUCCUGCACUUUUUCCUCGAAAGGAUGAUGUCCAGCAGACUGCGGCGCUGGCGGAGAUGCUGUCGAACCUGCAUCACCUGGCUGGACAGGUAUAUCUGGCUGGAUAUAUUCCCCGACCAACCAUUCCGGGCCAUGUGGCCAAUGCAGACAAGCUGCAUCUGAUGCAAAGUCAAGCGCAGGACAUGUUUGAGAAGCAGCUGGCCGGGUUGCCCGUUGCCGCUUAAGGGACUGUAUUGUAGGUAGAGCAUGUAGAUACAUAGGGCUUUCGCCAUGACCAUAACGAUCUGGGUACGAAGCAUGAACCAAAUGCAUGGGUAU